AUGUCGCGACCAGAAAAGUACUCGCAGGAUUACAUUGCGAGAAUCCGAUACUCCAAUGCCCUCCCUCCACCUCCCAUCCCGCCGAAGCUGCUGAACAUCCCCAGCGUUGGUCUAGCUAGCGGCCAGUACACCAACCCCAACUUCGCGUCCCAUCUCGCCCGCAUUCAGCCAUUGAACAUCGAGGCCGAUGGCGAACUCGGAAUGCCGCUCGAUCUGGUGGGGAUGCCGGGUGUUUUUGAUGGCGAUGAGAGCUCAAUCCAAGCCCCCUCCGAACCUCCCCCGAUCCAUCCCCACGACAGAGCCCUCCUCCGUCCCCUCGGCAGCCUAGGCAAGCCCAAGUCCCAGAACCAGGGCGUGUCCUUCCUCCGCCGGACGGAAUACAUCUCCAACACUCCCACCACCGUCUCCCGCCCCAAAGCCGACCCCUUCCUUCGACCCUCGGCCGGCAACGCCGCUCCCAAGCGCCCCAUCAAGCGCAAGGCCUCCCCAGAGCCAGACAGGGGAACACCAGCCUGGAUCAAGCGGCGCAUCGAGAAAUCAUUCGAAGCCGCGGCCGUCGGCCUGGCGGACAGGACCAAAGUCAAGCACCCCUCCAAACGCACCAACUGUACCAUUGUCGAGUCGUUCCCCCUCCUGCCCGACCUGGAAGCCUUUCCCGACUCUGGCGCCUACGUCACGGUCAAGUUCCAGACCAACCCCGUCACUGCAACGGACAAGUACGACACCCGCAUGCUGUCUGGUAUCCUCAAGCCCAUCACCCGCUCCCAGGCCGAGGACGAGGCCUACCAGCAGGCGUAUGAGGCUUGGGCUCGCGAUCCGGAUCACACCCCCAAGCCGUUGCAGAUGAUGAACUACGACUUUUACCUACCGCAGGAUGGCAAGACGGGGGAGAGGUUCCGGGAGAAAUUCGAUGUGGACAACCCGGAUAAGGAGAAGGAGUCGUUGUAUACCGCUACUGAUGGCGAGGGUAGGGGUGUUUUCAAGUUUCCGAGGGUCAGGGCGUAUGAGACGGCUACGGAGAAGGAGAUGGAUCACCAUACGAAGUAUGCGGAGGAGGUUAUCCUUGCGUAUCGGAAUGAUGAGACGGGGAGCAAGGGACGGAGGGAUGAUAGUGCGCAGAAGGGGGUUUAUUACUACCCUGUCAUGCAGAGGACCACGAUUCGGAACCAGAGGACGAAGAAUAUUGCGAGGACGAUUGGGGUGCUGCCGCAGGGUGAGGAGGAGGAGGCGAGGGUGGGGGAGCUGGAGGUUACGGUUGGGGAGCCGAGUGAGGAGUUGAGGCAGGAGUUGGAGAGGUUUAAGAGCAUGCCUGUUGGGAUGCUGAGGGGGAUGAGGAUUGAGUUGGAAGAAAAAGUGGCUUUUUUAGGCUCGGGGCUUUGGCGCGUUAUUGAGGGUUGA